AUGGAUAAAGUACUGACACCACCCGAACAGUUUGGAAAUGUCGAAAAAGGCCUUUAUCGCUCAGAUAUGUUAUCUCCUCCACACCUUCCCUUUAUAAAAAAUCUCAAAUUAAAGACGAUCUUGCUUUUAUCUCCCGAAGUUCCAACUCGUUCCGUAAGCAACUUUUUGGAGGAAAACAAUAUUAAAUUGGUUCAUUUGGGUAUAAAGGUCUGGAAACCCACUCCAGGCUGGCAACCCGUUAGUGAAGAAUUGAUUAAGGAUGGGUUAGAAAUGGUUUUGGAUGCUGAAAAUUAUCCGAUUCUCGUCAUGUGCACUUCAGGUAUCCAUGAAACUGGAACAUUCAUUGGAUGCUUACGAAAAUUACAAAAUUGGAACUUUACUUCUAUUAUGGUUGAGUAUCGGAGUUUUGCCGGUAACAAGGCUCGUUAUGUUAAUGAACAAUUUAUUGAAUUGUUUGAUAUGGAUUUAAUCACUUUGCCGCGAAAUUUACCUUCGUGGUUUAUAGAACAGAGAAAGUUACUACAACAAGAGGAGAAGGAAGGAUUGGAUGAAGAACAAAUAUAUCUUAGACAAGAGUAA